UGUCAUUUUUUUUUUGUUGAUCGGCCCCUUACCCCACGUUAGCUUGACUGGCUAGGUGUACCUUUACGAAUUACACGUCAGGCAGUCUCAGUUUUUUUUUUUAAAGUUAUAAUUUGAAAUGGAUGUCCUGGGCAAUUUGAUAGCCCAAACGGGUGAAAAUUUGACGGAAAGCGAAGGUAACAAAACCGGUAAAACUCCAAGUACUCCCGAAGGAAUGGCCGUGGCCUAUGGCAGUAUCGUUUUCAUGGCAAUGUUGCCCAUUAUAUUUGGUUCUUACAGAUCUGUUGUUUACCAUAAGGAAAAGAAACCAGAAAAAAUGACAAAGAAAGAUGCGGCCAUAUUUCCCAUAAUGGCAUCAUGUGCUCUCUUUGCCUUGUAUAUAAUUUUCAAAUUAUUUUCAAAGGAGUACAUCAACUUGCUGUUAACUGGAUACUUUUUCUUCUUGGGGGUUUUUGCUCUUACACAUCUAUUAAGUCCGGUGAUAGGUAAAUUAGUGCCAGCAGCCAUCCCAAACAUCUCCUUCCACAUCCUAUUUAAACAAGGCGAAGGGGACACUGCUCAAUACCUUAUCGACUACCGUUUCUCCACUUACGAUGUGGUCUCUCUAACAGCUUGCUCCUUAGUGGGUGCAUGGUACCUUCUGCAAAAACACUGGGUAGCCAACAACCUGUUUGGUCUGGCGUUUGCCGUGAACGCAGUUGAACUAUUGCAUCUUAACAACGUAGUCACUGGUUGUAUCUUGCUGUGUGGGCUGUUUUUCUAUGACAUCUUUUGGGUGUUUGGAACCGAUGUCAUGGUUACUGUAGCUAGGAGUUUCGAGGCACCAAUUAAAUUGGUGUUUCCUCAAGACCUCCUAACCAACGGACUAGCAGCUAACAAUUUCGCGAUGUUAGGACUAGGUGACAUAGUGAUUCCCGGAAUUUUUAUUGCAUUACUGCUAAGAUUCGACCAUAGUCUCAAGAGGAAAACAAAAACUUACUUCCAUGCUACAGUUGUCGCUUAUUUCAUGGGUUUGAUGGCCACCAUAUUUGUUAUGCAUGUGUUCAAACAUGCUCAACCUGCUCUGUUGUAUUUGGUGCCAGCAUGUCUUGGUACUCCAAUGGCUUUGGCCUUAGUCAAAGGAGAUUUAACAGCUUUAUUUAAGUAUGAAGACUCUCAUGAUGAAAAAACUGAAGAAAAGAAGAAAGAGACCAAAGAAGCAAAACAGACAUCAUCGGCAAAAAAAGAAAAGGUGAAAUAAACACCUUAAGACAAACAACCCUUCCAAUAAAAAAAGAGGCUGCAUCGGUAUAAGUGAAAGGGUAUCUAUAUUGUUUUUAGAACUGAUUAAAUCAACGUCUUCGGUUUAGUGUAGCUGGAAAUAAAAGUAUUUAUAAAGUUA